AUAGUGAACGGAGAAUGUCAUUCAGUGACCUGACUGAUAGUAAGAAGAAUGUAUGCCGACGUUAUCAAAUACAUCCUAUUAAUGUUAUGCGCACAAACUAUCGCAAGGAGCAUACACGAGUACAAUGCAGAGAGAGCUAAUCUAUUAGAACAAGAAUUCGGGCUACAAGUCGGUGGAAAAAUUCAAUUAAGUGACAAAGAAAAUUCCGCGAACGACGUUUUAAUGCGGUACAAGCAACAGGAAGUCGACGAAUCGUUCCAAAAUCCGAAAUAUUUCAACUUCUCACGACACUAUUUCACAUAUAAAAAUGAUAUCGAAAGGUCUAAAGUGUACCAGAUAAUACGGAGGAUGCCUAAAGGAGCCGCCCUUCACGUUCACAGCUCGCUAAUGCUCAGCGCGGAACGUUUACUUGCUCUGACGUAUGAGGAGCACUUAUAUGCGUGCUUCGCGAACGACGAUUUAAAAUUACACUUCUCUGUCACCGUCCCUAAGCGACCUUGUCCAACUAAAUGGCAACUCCUCAACGUAUUAAGAAACAACACAGAGGAUAUCGUUUCUUUCGACGAAAGUAUAAAAAAACACUUCACUCUAUAUUCCGAAAAUGAAAAGGAUCUGAACUACGAUAUAAACUACGUUUGGGAAAGGUUCGAUAAAGUCUGUCAUACGAUUAAAGAUCUCAUCGCGUACAGACCCGUACGAGAGAAAUUCUUCUAUGAGGCAUUAAAAGAGUUUUACAAUGAUAGAGUUAUGUACAUCGAAUUACGAAGCGGUUUACCGAUUCUGUACGAAUUGGACGGGACAGUACAUGAUCUGGCUCAUAUGCCUCGAAUUUAUCAUCGUGUCGCGAAAAAAUUUAAGGAGGAUUACCCAGAUUUCAUAGGAAUAAAAUUAAUAGUGACAAUGCAUCGCGCGAAGGAUAUCACUAAAAUACGCAAGAGUAUUGAAAUAGCUCGACAAAUCAAAGAGGAGCUACCAGAUAUGUUCGCUGGUUUUGAUCUAGUAGGCCAGGAGGACAUGGGUAAACCAUUAGUGGAGUUUCUCCCAGCGUUAACAGAAGCUAAAGACGAUAUUAACUUUUAUUUCCACGGGGGAGAGACUAAUUGGUUCGGCUCAUCGACAGAUGAAAACUUGGUGGACGCUAUUCUUUUGGGUUCGAAGAGAAUCGGCCAUGGAUACGCAUUAAUAAAGCAUCCAUCACUCCUGGCAGCUGUGAAAGCUAGAGACAUAGCAUUAGAAGUGAACGUAAUAUCCAAUGUUGUAUUGUCGUUGGUGAGUGAUGUUAGGAACCAUCCAUUAGCUUCGUACUUGGCACUCGGCAUGCCAGUUGUUCUAUCGAGUGAUGACCCAGGAGCCUGGGGCGCGGAUCCCUUAUCCCAUGACUUUUAUAUAUCAUUUGUUGGUAUAGCUAGUAAGCGUGCUGACUUACGUAUGCUAAAACAAUUAGUGAUUAAUUCGAUAAAAUACAGUGCAUUGGACGGUAGUGAAAAAAUGAAGGCGUUCCAACAAUUAUUUAGGGAAUGGGAUGAUUUUAUUGAAGAUAUCAAUACGAAUUUUAGAUAAUAUUUAUUAUUAAUAUUGUUUUAAUUGUUUUGUUGAAAACUACAUAAAUGUUUUUCAAUU